UCGGCCUAGGACCCGGUGUCCCAGCAUGGCGCGGACCCGGAAGACCUUCGCGGAGAGGGCAUCCCGCCGCCUCCCGGGGCGCGCAGGCGCAGCACCCCUGUUUGUCGGCGCCUGAGAAGGGAGGAGGUACGGUCGAAGGCAAGACCCAGGCCGAGCCGGAGCUGACCUGACUUGACUCGGGCCCAGAGCUAGGCUCCAGUCCCGCGCGGGCCGGACCGUAGGACCUCGGAGUGGAUGGAGCAGGCCCAGCCCUGAGACCAACGGCAGCCACUAGACCUGGCUCGGAGCCCCCCGGGCGGGCAGGCAGGCGGGCCGAAGCCGCCCAGGGCUUCCCCUCGGGUCCCGGGCGAGGGGCCUAGGCCCCGCCCCGCAGCCAGGCCGGGCCCGGCCCUUUGGAACCGGAGUCCACCCGACCAGAAGUGGAGUCCUCACCGGGGCGGGGCCAUCGGCCAGUGACUAGGCCGGGCCCGGGCCUCCCGUCGGAAGAUGCAGCGCGCCCUGCCCGGCGCCCGCCAGCACCUGGGGGCCGUCCUGGCCAGCGCCAGCGUGGUAGUGAAGGCCCUGUGCGCCGCGGUGCUGUUCCUCUACCUGCUGUCCUUCGCCGUGGACACGGGCUGCCUGGCGGUCACCCCGGGCUACCUCUUCCCGCCCAACUUCUGGAUCUGGACCCUGGCCACCCACGGGCUGAUGGAACAGCACGUGUGGGAUGUGGCCAUCAGCCUGGCCACGGUGGUGGUGGCCGGGCGCUUGCUCGAGCCCCUCUGGGGGGCCUUGGAGCUGCUCAUCUUCUUCUCCGUGGUGAACGUGUCCGUGGGGCUGCUGGGGGCCUUCGCCUACCUCCUCACCUACAUGGCUUCCUUCAACCUGGUGUACCUUUUCACCGUCCGCAUCCACGGCGCCCUGGGCUUCCUGGGCGGCGUCCUGGUGGCGCUGAAGCAAACCAUGGGGGACUGUGUGGUCCUGCGGGUGCCCCAGGUGCGCAUCAGCGUGGUGCCCAUGCUGCUGCUGGCGCUGCUGCUGCUCCUGCGGCUGGCCACGCUGCUCCAGAGCCCCGCGCUGGCCUCCUAUGGCUUCGGGCUGCUCUCCAGCUGGGUGUACCUUCGCUUCUACCAGCGCCACAGCCGAGGCCGAGGGGACAUGGCCGACCACUUUGCUUUCGCCACCUUCUUCCCGGAGAUCCUGCAGCCCGUGGUGGGGCUGUUGGCGAACUUGGUGCACAGCCUCCUGGUGAAGGUGAAGAUCUGCCAGAAGACGGUGAAGCGCUACGAUGUGGGGGCCCCGUCCUCCAUCACCAUCAGCCUCCCCGGCACAGACCCUCAGGAUGCGGAGCGGAGAAGGCAGCUGGCCCUGAAGGCCCUGAACGAGCGACUGAAGAGAGCGGAGGACCAGUCCGCCUGGCCGAGCAUGGACGACGACGAGGAGGCCGGGGCCAAGGCGGACAGCCCUCUGCCCUCCGACAAGGGCCCCGCCCUCCCAGGGAAGGGGGCUGCCCCAGAAUCCAGCCUGAUCACCUUUGAGGCAGCUCCCCCGAAGCUGUAACUCCAGACCGCCUUGAGUGUAGCACCUCCUCUCCCACCCCCGACCCCGCUCGGCUGCUCCGAGGAGAGGGAAGACGGUCCGGGGUCUCCGCAGCCUCCUGCUAUUUCUCGCCAACACUACCCAGGCCUCUUGCUACCUGGUCACAACUCCAGACAACCACUAAGCCAGGCAUCCGCCAGCCGGGGUGUCUGAGGUCAGACUGCACCUCGGCAGGUCGCCCCAAGCAAGUGGCAGUGGGGACACUGGUGCCGCAGCUUCGGGCCAACCCUCACACCUGAUACUGGUGGCCGAGAGCCCUGAGCCAAGGCAAGGAUUUGCCAAAAACGUCCUGGGGGGUCCAGCCCGCGUAGGAGCCAGCACAGGGCUGUGCCUCCCUGCCCACCCCGGAAGGACUAUUCACCUCGAGAUUUCCGGUUCCCUCUGCUGUGGCCACGGCUGCUGCUAGGCCAGAGCGGCCACAGCUCCCAGGCGUUUUCUACGGGACCACUGAGCGGGCGGCUGGCCCAGCGCAGUGUCAAUAAAGCAGUUCUUUGAGGUAUGA